GCUUCUAUCACAGCAGCUGCUUGGGACUGUUUGAUGCGUUCUUAUGCAGCACGGAGAGUCAGGCUCCAGACUCAGAGUCGUCUGGUCUGCCCAUCUGAGAUGACAUGGCAAGUAAUACUCGCAUGACUGUCUUUAUUUCCUUCCUUCUAUCAGAGUCUGUUCACAUCAGCAUUCUUCAGGCUCACGUCAUUGCUGUGUUACUGAUGGCAGCUAUAGUAGUUCCUUCUCUUUGGGUAUGUGAAUGUCAUUUGAUUUGGUUCUUGGUGAUUAUCAAUUAAGCAGAGGACUGAGAUUUCAGUAUUGCCGUUGUUUAGACUCGGAGUGUGCUUGUGUGUGUGCCUGUGUGUGUGUGUGUGUGUGUGUGUGUGUGUGUGUUGUGGCUCUAGAGAUGGCCCCAGUGCAGAGGGACACACUGUGCAGACGGGUUCACUGUCAUGAGAUCAUCCAGGACUCCUCUCGCCAGUGACAAACCAAAGGAAUUGGCAGCACGGUCCAAGAGCAUGGUGCUCGGAGAGUUGUCUCGGGUCUCCAGGCCCUGCUCUCCUCUGGAUCAGGAGAAAGCACUGAAGGCAGGCUGGCUGAAGAGACAGCGGAGUAUCAUGAAAAACUGGCAGCUGCGAUGGUUUGUCCUGAGGACCGAAGCUCUGUAUUUCUACAAGGACCAGGAUGAAACUAAGGCACAGGGUUGUAUUCCUCUUCAGGGCAGUCAGGUCAAUGAGCUGCCUGCCAAUCAGGAUGAGCCUGGUCGUCACCCGUUUGAAAUCGUUCCAGGGGGAGCUGGAGAAAAGGAUCGAACAGGCAUAAGCCACGAAUCAUUCCUGCUGAUGGCCAACUCUCAGAGUGACAUGGAGGAGUGGGUCAGAGCUAUACGUAGAGUCAUAUGGGCUCCGCUUGGAGGAGGUGUCUUUGGGCAGCACCUAGAGGAGACAAUGUUAUACGAGGCCCAGUGUGGCCCUCAGCGGCUGGUCCCUGUGUUGGUCGAACAGUGCGUGUGUUUCAUACGCGAACAUGGGCUCCAGGAGGAGGGUCUUUUCAGGGCCCCUGGACAGACCAAUCAUGUUCGAGAGCUGCAGGAUGCAUUUGACCGUGGCGAGAAGCCAGUAUUUGACAGUACCACAGAUGUCCACACAGUGGCAUCGCUACUAAAGCUGUACAUACGGGAGCUGCCGGAGCCUAUAAUCCCAUUCUCCAAAUACACACAGUUUCUCUCCUGUGCUCCACUUCUUACCAUGGACAAAGCAAUGGGUAUUGUAGAGCUUGGCAAACAGGUGAAAUCCCUUCCUCAGGUCAACUACAACCUCCUCACAUACAUCUGCAAGUUUCUGGAUGAGGUUCAAUCUCACUCCAAUGAGAAUAAGAUGAGUGUUCAGAAUCUGGCUACUGUGUUUGGACCCAAUAUCCUUCGACCCAGAGUUGAGGAUCCAGUAACCAUGAUGGAGGGAAGUUCACAGGUGCAGCACCUCAUGACUGUGUUGAUCAGUGAGCACGCCCGACUUUACCAACGGGAGGAGCCAGAAACUGAGGCCAAUAUUCCUCCGCAGCAGCAGCUGAGCCCUAUUCAGCGGUGCAAAGUGGAAUGGGUCUCACAGGAAGACACUGACACCCCACCUUCCUCAGGUACAGGCUCCAAAACCCCCAAAGAAGAGCCCCAACCUUCCACCCCUUCUUCCGACAGUAAGCUGAUUGCACCAAGCCCUGUUACAACCUCGGAGAAGGUUGAGGAUGGUCAAAUUGAAGGGAAGGGCAAAGGUCAGUCAGAAGUGGAUGGAAAAGCAGAUAGCAAAACUGAAGGGAAAGGUGGAAGUGAAGUAGCUGUUAGCCCCAGUAAACAGUCUAAAGCCCUGCCCUCGUGGAGGUGCUCCUUCAAAGGUGGUACAGCAUCUGGGGGGCCCAGGGGGAAAAUAGGGGGGUCGGCAGGUGAUGUGUCGGCAGCUGGUGGAAGUAACUGGUUGAUGAACGGCUUGUCGUCCCUCCGAGUUCACAGGCGUACAACCUCAUCUGGUGAAAGACUUAAAGACUCUAAUCUAAAGGAUUCGACCCUUUCCCUUAAAGAGACCACUCUUAAGGACACACAGAGAGACUCUGAUGACGACUCCUCUCAAAUGCCUCUGUCUCAUAGAGCCCUCCUCCAAUCCCACAGACUGUCUGCCUAUGACAAUGUUGCCCCAUCUAGUCUAAGCCUGCCUGCUGACACCUCCUCCAUCUGGACGUCCUUUGAGAUCUCGCUGGCCGAGCCAGAGGGAACCGACAAGGCAGUAAAAUUAGAGCAGGGUCAAGAGAAACCCACAGAGGCCAGGGACAGUACAAGUACUCUGGAUCAAAGUGCAAGCGGUGCUGAGGAUGAUCUCACAGGAACAAAUGAAGGUCUCUCCAACAUGCUGACUGAGCUCAAGCAGGAGCUGAAGAAGCAGAGGAUGAGCUACGAAACUUGCAUUCGCAAGUUGGAGGAAUCCUGUUCUAAGUACCAGUUCCAGGUAAACCGCCUCGAGGAGGAGCUGGACCAGGAGAAGAAGAAGUUCCACAUGCUGGAGAUCCGACUCAGGAACUCGGAGCGGGCACAUCAAGACGCAGAGAACCGAAACGUUCUCCUCCAGAAAGAGAUGGAGGAGUUCUUCAAAACCCUCGGAGAUCUGACCACAGGGGGAACACAGACCAACUAGACCAGACCAACCUGCCUUCAUCUGGUCCAUCAGAGGAGGAGGAGCUUGAAUACUGGGAAGACCAGCCAGCCCCAAAGCUUUUAAGACCAAAUACCUCUAGUGCAGUACUAUUUGCCAUCGUGUCCUCUUUAGUACAGCCGUCUUGUGCCUACACUGACCAGUGCCGGUGCCAAACGAGAACUCCUCUGGACCAAGCAAGCAUUUUACCAUUCCUUACCAUGUUAAAUCAUAGGUCAUGUAGCUGAUUAUUUAUUGACUAAAUUCCUCUUUAAGAAAGCAGAAAAAGCCUUAUUGAUGAUAUGAGGUAUAGUUUUCCCAUACACACCCUGUUCAGUCCCCCUUAAAACUCAUAGUCUUGAAAAAAAUGUUGACUUGACAGGAAAAAAAGAACAAUGAGACAUUAAAAUUCAACUCUUUUAUUUGCUGGAGUUGAAGGUAGACAGUUUCCAUUUCUGAUGUAUAUAAUUGGUCUGUUAGUGAGGCAAUUUCAGAUCCAAAGGCUAAACUUCACACAACUGGCUUGAUCAAAUCACACCACAACAGGUUUAACUCUUUGCUGCCAGUGUUCGCUGUCAAACCAUCAGAAGACUGCAGCAUCACCCCAGUAGUGCUGAAUGGCUUUCCCGUCUUUCCUCUAAAUAUACCUGCACUAAAACCAGAUGUGCUCAGAGAAAACUCAUGCGUAGUCUAUUCUAUCGUUUCUAUUUUUGAGGAGAUGGGAGGAGAGGAAAACGACUAAAAGAGGAAGCCACAACAGUCAGUUGAGGCGUGGCCCAGAGAGGGUCAGGAUAUGCGUCACAAUCUCCAAAGUGCAUUCUGGGAGCUGAUGCUGGGGGGGGGGGGUUACUGCCUGGAGUGCCCAACCAUGAAAAGGGCAAAGGGACAGGUUGGGAAUUUGAGCCAUCAAAUACAUCCAAAGGUUACCAUGGCAGGUAGCAAAUGCCUUUUUCCUGACUCUCAGAAAACAUACAUACAUCUACAGUAAAAUGUACAGAUCAAUCACUGACUAUACUAAUCUAUGAAUUAUAUUGCACAGAAAACAAAAAAAAAAUGAAACAAAAUGCAUAUAAAUAGUAAUUCUGAAUGAAAUGUACAUUACAUACAAUAGACGCCUCCUAGCUUGAAAUAAAUAAAUAAAUAAUGCAAA